CCCCUCCAAAUCAUUGGAUUCGGGUGUACCAAUCACCUCCACAGGUGUAUAAAAUCAAGCACCUAGGCAUGCACUGCUUCUACAAACAUUUGUGAAAGAAUGGGUCGCUCUCAGGAGCUCAGUGAAUUCAAGCAUGGUACUGUGAUAGAUUACCACCUGUGCAAUAAGUCCAUCCGUGAAAUUUUCUUGUUAAUAAAUAUUCCACGGUCAACUGUUAGUGGUAUUAUAAUAACAUGGAAGCAACUGAGAACAACAGCAACUUAGCCUCCGGCACUGGACUCUAGAGCAGUGGAGAUGUGUUCUCUGGAGGGAAGAAUCACGCUCCUCUGUCUGGCAAUCCGAUGGACGUGUCUGGGUUUGGCAGUUGCCAGGAGAACGGUACUUGCCUGACUGCAUUGUGCCAACUGUAA